GGGUACGAAAAGACGUGCGAAAUUUUUCGACGCAUGUCUUGCUACCGAGGUGAAGUCACUGCUGGCCAUCCUGAUUUCCCAGAGGGAAGCGCUGCUGUCUGCAGAGAAGCGUCCGGACCAGUGGACUUGAAUGCGCCUGACAUCAUCUACACUGCAGAAGAUGACAAGGCGAUCAAUCAAUUCCACCGCAACAUCACUUGGAACUUGUGCCAUGAAAUCGAGGUAGAUCAAGGAGUCGUCGACGCUCGACUAAAUGUAUACGGCGUGUCAAACCUGAAGGUCGCAGAUAUGUUCAUCUUGCCGUGGAACGUCAGCACGAAAACGUAUUCGACGACGCUUCUCAUUGGAGAGCGGGUUGCGAUGAUCAUUGCUGAAGACUUGGGUAUCAAUUGCAUUUGAUAUGCAUC